AUGACACAAGAUACAGUAGAAAACAAAGUGAAACUUGAAGAUAAUUACGAAGAAAAAAUUAAAUUCAUAAAUAGCAUCUCUCAGCCAUUAGCUUCUCGUAAGCUUACAAAAAAAAUAUACAAACUUAUCAAGAAGGCUUCAAAAGAAAGAACGAAGAAUAUCAUCAACGGACUGAAAGAUGUCCAAACAAGAAUUCGUAAAGGCGAAAGAGGAAUUGUAAUCUUUGCAGGAGAUGUUUAUCCUGUUGACAUCAUGUGUCACUUACCAGCAGUAUGUGAGGAGAAAGACAUUGUAUAUUGUUUUACUCCUAGUCGACAAGAUCUUGGUGUUGCCAUGGGAGUUAAACGAGGUUCAAUCACUUUAAUGAUUCGUGAAAAUGCGGACUAUCAAGAACUCUACGAUGAACUGAAAGAAGAGUUAAAGGUUCUUCCUCAUCCAUUUUAAAAAGUUAUCAAAAAUAAAACAUUUGUAAUUAAGAUUUAAUACUAAACAAUUUUCACAAAAUACAUUUAUUCAAAAACAGUUAAAUAAAUUUCUUUUUCAUUCUUUGUCACAUUUACUUGAAGAAAGAAA